AAAACUAUUUGUAAAAAAUAUAAAGCAAGUAUGUGUCACGGCUAUAUAUGUAUAUUUGCUGGGUCACUAACAAACUUAAAGGAAAAAGUGACAAAUAAAAAUAUAAAAUCAUUGAUGUUGCCGUGCGCAAAAUAGAUAUCGAUAACAAAUAUUGUAAAUAUAUUUAUUGAUAGAAACAAUCUAUUUAGUUUCCAUAAUAUAAUUAAAUAAUGUCUUGUGUAAUAUUUAUAAGUGAUAAUAAAAAGAAGUUGUGAAAUAUUAUCACCUUGAUAACCGGUUGAGUAAGCUAUCGAUUAGACACCAUGACUAGUCAGAAUUGUGUUGGAUCAUAAACAAGGCAGUUGUACGUUUCAUUUGUUAUCGACAUGCCGAUCGUAUUACACAGCACGGAUGGAAGUCCUCCAACUAGAGCAGUCUUGAUGGUCAUCAAACUGCUCGGCUUAAAUGUGGAACGUUCAGAAGUUAUGCCGAUGGUAGGAGACCAUCUGAAACCAGAAUUCGUCCAGAAGAAUCCUGUCCACACCAUCCCGUUUUUAGAAGACGGCAAUUUCAAGCUCGCUGACAGCCACGCGAUCAUUACUUAUUUGGUAUCAAAAUACGGUGCGGAGAAGAAAGCUGAAUUGUAUCCUUGUGAUUUAGAAGUAAGAGCUACGGUUGAUCAGCGAAUGUAUAUGGAUACUUCGAUAGUUUUCCCCAAACUUCGUGGAAUGAUUCUAACGUUAUUGAAAGAAAAGAAGCGUAUACCGACAGAGGAACAGGCAGUGGAGUUGAAGGAAUUGUAUGGUAUAUUAGAGAAAUACCUAGAGCAGACGAAAUUCUUCGCAGCAAAUCACUUGACUUUGGCAGACAUCUCGUUAGUGGCAUCACUAUCUACGCUCGACGAAAUGUAUUCUUUCGAGGAGUUCCCCAAACUGUCACAGUGGUACGAAACAAUGAAGCAAUAUGAAUGGUAUCAGACUGCUAACAUACCAGGUUUGCAGAAACUAGCAGGCUAUGUUAAAAGUGAAAAUACAAAAUUAAAUUGAAAUGUUUCCUUGUGUUAAAAACAAAUAAAAUGUGUUUUAUCAUCCAUCGAUAUUUUGUUUUAAAAAUGUUCCGGAUUACUUAUGUAAGUUAAUUAUAAUUUGUUUUAAAUUAAACUGUAAUAGAAUUUAUUUCAUUUUUUGUAAAUAUAAAACAAAAUAUGAUGCAUAUAUUUAUCGCAGAUACAGAAAACUGAUUUGCAAUCCAGUGAAGCUAUUACUUACGGGGAUCC